CGUUGGCCGGUACAGCGCAGAUUCGUGAUUUAGUGAGUGUUAAUUCCGAGCAAAUUGUGCAGUCCACGAACGGCUGCACUACUUCAAAGAGGAUGGCAACACGAAAGAACGCCACAAACGCAGGUCCCGCUGCGAAGCGCAAAAAAGCCGGCAACAAAUACCAGAUGCCGGAGUCGAUUCCCCUUGGAACGAUUUUAACGGACAACCAAAAGGGCCAAUGGAAGAUAGGGCCAUCGAUCGGAAUCGGAGGGUUUGGUGAAAUCUAUGCCGCGUAUAACAUUGCGGAAUCGGUUCCCAAACAUUUUGACUCAUAUCCUUACGUGGUCAAAAUUGAACCACACGAAAACGGCCCCUUGUUUGUUGAGAAAACGUUUUACAUGAAAAACUGCCAGUCGAAAGAUAUCGAGAAACAUCGAAAGCGAUAUAAGCUGAAACAUCUCGGGAUCCCGCAUUACGUUAGCAGCGGAACACACGACCUGAACAAUAUCAAGCAUCGUUUCCUGGUAAUUCCACGCUAUGGAGAGAGCCUUCAGACGAUGCUUCUACGUCACGACAAAUGCCUUCCACUGCAAGCCGUGUACCGCAUAGCGCUCCAAAUGCUGGACGUGCUCGAGUUCAUCCAUCUGUGCGGUUACGUGCACACCGAUUUAAAGGCAACGAACAUUCUGUUCGUCGACAAAGCCUAUGACCGGGUGUGCCUGGUAGACUAUGGUCUCGCCACCAAAUGUGAUGCACUUGACAUCUUCAAGCCUGACCCAAAGAAGAAGCACAAUGGCACCAUCGAGUACACUUCCCGUGACGCCCAUCAGGGCGUAUCGACGAUGCGUGGUGAUCUGGAGGUUUUGGCCUACAACCUGGUUGAGUGGGCCGGAGGAAAAUUGCCAUGGAAUGAGGAAAAGAUCCUCAAAGACUGCAACAAGGUGCAGCAUAUGAAAGAGGCAUCAAUGGGAGACGAGACACCGACCGAUUUUGUGAAGCGCUGCUUUGCAAAAAGUCAAAUUCCACCAAAACCGUUGGCCGAUUUUAUUCAGCUUGUUGUCAAUAUGCGUCAUAAUGCAGCACCAAAUUACACCAGCUGUUCACAACUUUUUGACAAGGCUCUAAAGCAACUUGGCGUUUCCAGGGUAGGAAAUAUGGGUCUCACAGUACCAAACUUACCGCCAGACAGUCCGUCCACAUCCGGACCGCUUGUUUUAAAAAAAAACAACGAUAAGCGAAAGAAUAUCACAGCGACUCCGAAAAAGGACACUCUUCCCGAUACGGAACCCAACACACCAGAAACUUCGCCAUCAACGAGCACCAGAAUUACUCGAUCUAGUAUAACAUCAACAGUUGCAUCGAACGGCCCGAUUGCAGGGGGCACUAGUUCGAAAUCAUUAUCGCGCGUAAGCGUCCAGGUUGGAACGCCCAAGAAAAGUCGGCGAGGCGUGCCGCCGCAUACUGAGUAUUCACCAAGAGUGGUAGUGGUAAAAAUCAAUAUUGAUUCCUAUUUGAACCUAAAUGCACCACGCAGCUCUCGGCAGACAACACGACAAAGCAGUGAGAGUGAUAAACGCGAUGUGAUGUCAGACGAAGAUAUCACGUUGCAUGUGACGGAAUCGAGUGAUGAGGGCGACGUAUCUCAAUCGAUUUUCGAUUAAUCCUUAGCAACCCGACGAUAAAGUUAAUGGAUUACAUACCCUGUGGGAAGUUAUUGAACUGUUAUGAAUUUUUGAAUUGUUCUCGAUCGCCGGCAUUGUAAUAUGCAAAGAGAAAAUAAACGAUCAAAGGCGUA